GUUAGCAGGGCAUUUGAAAAUGCAUCCAAGUACGGACACAUUGACAUGAUGGAGUUUCUAUUCAGCACCGGGCGAGUGUCAGUCGAUGUAUUCGACCGUGUUCUGGAGGGAUCGGUCACCAUGAAGGACACGAGUGUUCUGUCGUUUCUCUGCAGUAAGAAGUGUGCGUCUUCAUCGUCGAUUAACCGAGCAUUUGAGGCUUCGUCUGGAAGUGAAAUGAUCCGAUAUCUGUACGAGAACGAGAAUAUUUCGAGUGAGGCUAUCAUUGUAGCAUUCAAGAAAGCUGCAAAGUGCGGAGAGUGUUUCGGAGGUUACACGGAAGAGCAGGUUGCAACUGUGAAGCUACUGCACAAGGACAACUGCAUACCGGACAAUGUGACAGGCCAGGCGCUGGUGUCAGCGGCUAGCAUGAAUCAUUUGGAACUGGUGAAACUAUUGCGUCACGGUGCAAGGAUUUCCGCGGAGAUGACCCGCAAGGCUUUCGCUGCAACGUUUUCGUGUGCAGAUACUGGUGUGAUGAAGGCGUUGUAUGAUGAGCAACGGAUU